UGAAUUUUUUUCUGACAUCUCACGACAGUAGAUUGUUUCAAAUGAAUGCUGAAAAUCAAUUCAACGCAUUCCCCUUAGAGAUUUGCCGAGUAAGAGUAACUGGUUUAUGCGUAUAUAGAAAGAUGGAAGCGAACUGUUCCAAUGAAAAGUAUUGCGGAAAGGAUGUACCAACCUGUGGCGAAUAACGAAUGAGUUUGAACUUCAUCGAGGCUCAAAGUACGCAUCGAUGCUCCAAAGCUAUUGAUUUGACAUCGCUGAUGUGGAAUAAAGUAAUGAUGUCGAUCUGGAGUGCAUACGAGAGACCAAUUCGAGGACUUGGAGGAAAAAGGAUAUUCGCAUGCGUAUACUUAUAUGGCAUGUGGAGUGAAUUUUUCAUUUUUUUGUGUGUUUUUAUGGGGCUGUUUAUUGAGGCACGACUUCGAGAACCUUCAGAAACUGCAUGUAGAGCAUUUGCCAAGUAUCGGCAGCGAAUAGUUUACGAUUUUUACGAACGUCGGUGGAUUCAAUCAAAUGCUGCGACACAUUUUCAGCAGAUAUAUAGAUGGUGGUUGACGCGAUGCUAAUAAUUUAUCGAUGAUUACGACCGAUGUCGCAUUUGUGUGCUGUUGAAGCUGUCGUCGUCGUCCUCGUCGUCUGUGCGCCCGGAACCACGUGCGAAUAGAACGCUUUUAUUGCUGGCCAUCUACACCGCAUCUAUAAAGACUCUAUAAUACCACCGAAUACCGGUUGAAAACAGUCGACUCGAGUGUAGCGGUGAAAUUUUUAUCUAAACAUGAACACGCCGCCGUCGAUGAAGCUCCGAGUGGUUGUUAUUUUGUCAUAAAAAAAGAAAAGUGUGCGCUGAUCGGAUGAAUUUUUGCGUUGUUCGUACACGUUUAUUAUCUACACGUUCGCGUAUAAUACCUGAAAAAUAUCGUUGUGGCGGAAAGUUUUUCACGCGAGACGCGUUAAAAUGACGCAAAAGUGUCCACUUUACUCGUGCUCGUAAUCGUAAUCAGUGCGGCGUUAUAACCGGCUUUAGGCUUUGGGCUUUGGGCUUUGAGCCUUUUUGUAUAUGAUAAAUAUGAUGGAUAGAUUGGAAAAUUUGACCGAUUCGUCGAGUCUGUGUUUGCAAGAUUUAGUCACAUCGAACGCGGCUAUGGCGGCUGCCGCGCAUGCCGCUCACGUCGUCGCCAUAGCUAAUAAUUCGAAUUCGGUCGUGGUCGGCGGUCCGGAUCAUUCGCUUUCCUCACCCCUGCAUAAUAAUUCGUCGCUGCAUCAAGAAUCCAGCUUGACCGGUUUAGGCCAUCAUCAUCACCACCAUCACCAUCAUCAUAUGCAUCAUGAUCCGCACCAUCAUCAUCAUCCUGUUCCUUGUCCGCCCACGCUGCUUCAUCCAGAACCUUUGGAAAAGCUCAAAAGGGUUUGGGCUGAAACGGGUGAUUUUAGAGAUGCUCCGCAUUCACAUAAUACGUCCAUGGACCAUAACCAGACGACUUCUUUUUUGCACGCGCGCAAUAAUCGAAUGCGUGAUCGAAAAGCAGAUUCCAUUGGCAAUACUGCAAUCAAAACGGAAAACAGCGGCGCCGGCGGUGGUGGCGGUUCGAGGUCAAUCGGCGGCGAAUCGGAAGACGGCAACGAUAACGGUAAUUCGACUAUCAACGUAUCAACGACAACCAUUACGUCGUUAUCAUCGAAAGACUCGUCGUCCGCGUCCGCCAAAAACAAUAAUAAUAAUUGCAAAACCAACAAACGCCAAAGACGACAGAGGACUCACUUCACGUCGCAACAACUGCAAGAACUCGAAGCGACAUUCGCUCGUAAUCGAUAUCCGGAUAUGAGUACCAGAGAGGAGAUCGCCAUGUGGACGAAUUUGACCGAAGCCAGAGUUAGGGUUUGGUUCAAGAACCGUCGAGCGAAAUGGCGAAAACGCGAACGUAACGCGAUGAAUGCGGCGAUGAACGCGGUCGACUUCAAGAACGGCUUCGGCAGCCAGUUCAACGGACUGAUAACGCAACCGUUCACCACGGACACGGACUCUCUGUACAGUUCGGCGUACUCGUCGUACAAUAACUGGGCGACAAAGGUGCCCAGUCCUUUGGGCAGCAAGACGUUCCCGUGGACGAUGAAUCCGUUAUCGAAUGCGGUCAACCAUCACCACCAGCCUUCGGUGAACUGCUUCACGCCGUCGGCCAACACCUCGAUGUCGUCCAUGUCGGCGGCUGCGGCUGCUGCCGCCGCGGCCGCAGCCGGCGGAUCCAUGUUACCGAGCGGCGGAAUGUCGCCGUCGUCGCUGGGUGGCGGCGCCGGUCCACCGGCCGGAUCCGCGGCCCCGUGUCCGUACGGGCCACCGGCCACGCCGUACGGUAUGUACCAUCACCAUCAUAAGACGGCCAUCGCGGCCGAACCGUCGUCCGUUAUGUCUUCCAGCAUCGCUAGUCUACGCCUCAAGGCCAAACAGCACCAGAGCAGCUUCGGUUACCCUAUUUCGCCGAUCACGACGACGGCCGCCGUCACCUCGGUCGGAUCGCUCAACAGCAGGCCGUCGUCAUCCGGCGGCCUAUCCGCUUGCCAGUACGCCACUUCGGACAGCGACGAAAAUCGUACGCCCGUAUGAAACGGCGACCAACAACACCUUUGGUUUCCGGGUGUCCAUGUCCAAUAUGCUCAGGCUGAAUAAAUUUCCAGUAUUCGUCGUCGUCGUCGUCGUCAAUAUCGCCGGAUACGCUCGGUCUCAGCAGAUCGUCUGCGUAAAUCCGCCGAAAAAUAGGUAAACGUCUCGCGCAAUUUUCGUCUCGUGAGUCGUAUGUAAAUCCGAAAUCGUCUCGUGUAAUAUACUCGUAUUCUCGAUGACUGUAUUAUGUAAAAUUUUAUAAUUCUUUUUCUCUUAUUUAUUCUCCUUUUUUUUUCUUUUUUUUUUGUGGUCUCCUCCCCUUAUUUUAUCUCGUCGUCGGCCAUCGUUAUUCUACAGUGGAGAUAUCAGCUCCGCGAUAAGUUAAAAGUAAUCGUCGCUGGAAGCGAGCGCCAUAAACCUGGGAAGCCAGAGUGACUAUGUAAGUCUUAUAAGUAGGUACAUAUUAUUGUAGUUGGAUACUAUGAUUCGAUGAUCUCAAUUGUUGAUACGUUUGAAAAAAAAAUCUUCCUAUCGUCGUUGGCCAGCGAUUAUUUUUUGUAUACGCGUUUCAAGUGUGUAAUUUUUUCCCAAAGAGCGUUUUGAAAUUAACUACGUUAUUCCAAUUCGCUAAGUAUAAUUUAUGUACCAUAUUCUAUUAAGAAUUUUGUUUCAGUAAGUAAUGAAAAAAAUUGUUUAGAAGACUAUUUAUUUCCAAUAAAUUUUUUUUAAAAAU